AUGCUGCCGCACGAGCCAGAGUCAGUAGUCGCAAAGCUUUACCAAAAGUUUCGACUCGCUGAACCUGGAAAUAGUAUACGCCUUCUGGCACUCUUACCUGGUGAGGGUCCUAAGUUGAAAGCUACAAUAUUUUGCGUGGAUCUGUCGUCGAGCCCAGUAUACGAAGCCUUAUCAUAUGUGUGGGGGGAAAUGGAAGCCAAAACCAACUAUUUCAUCGAAAUUGAGGGCACGAAUAUGGAGAUAACCCCAAAUCUCUAUCGUGCUCUUCAAGCUCUACGCAUGCAAGAGAGCUCUCGUGUUCUAUGGGUGGAUUCACUGUGUAUCAACCAAAACGACAACAAAGAUAAAGAAAUCCAGAUUAGCAUGAUGGUCGAAAUAUACAGGUCCGCGCAACAUGUCGCUGUUUAUCUCGGCGAGCCAAACGCCGGCGGUUUGGCGCUCUUCUCCUUCCUCAACCGGAACUUUCAUGAAGAAGAUUCGGUUGACAAGGCCAUUGAAGACUUUGGUCCGGGUGAGAGAGAUAUACGAGAAUUACUCGAAGCUUACGUCCAUUUCUGUCUUCUGCCAUGGUGGAACCGGAUCUGGGUUCAGCAAGAGUAUAGCCUUUCACGUACCAAUCCGACAUUUCACCUUGGGCGCAAC